UUAGAUUAUUCUUUGUCAUCAAAGCCUCCCAAUUAUUAUCACCCACUUCAUCCAUUUCACACAAUCAAACAUUUGAGAGAGAGAAAGUGAGAAGAAAAGCAGGAAGAAUGAAGAGGAUACCUCGCAUCAAAUUUCCUGAUAGACACCCUAAACCUUCUUCUUCAACUUCUGGUGUGGAGUCCCAACCAAAGCCACCUUCAGGAAACACGAACACCCGCAAGCUUUCCACAUCAAAGUCUGACGUUCCUGCACCACCUAACUCCGCAGGAGGGGGUGGUAAAGCUUCACUUCAGCCUAAGCGCACACCGGUCUCAGACAAGGAGAUGGAAGCUAUCCUGUUGGGUGGCUGUGUUUAGUUUCAUUUCGGAAAGUUGUCAAUACUCAAAACAAAGACCCUGCUGCAUUUUCAACCUUUUCUUGCUUAUCCUUCCAAUGCAAAUGUGACCAUGAGCUGAAGACUGCAUUUCCAACUUCAUUGGUGUGAGACACAUUUGGACUUGGCAAAUUCAGAAUGUUGUUUUCGCAACCGUCUGUAUAAUCUUCAGAUGUACUGAAAUAUGUUUUCUGUCUAUAUAAUAAACUUAUAUCUUAUGAAGUUAUCACAAUGAUCUUUGCAUAA